UGAACAUGCGCGCUUUGGUCAUCUCCCACUAGCUUGUCUUAGCCGCUGCUACAAUAGCUGGCCUGGAAAAGCGUUUUGCAUGGGAGACUCCCACUGUGCCAGCUGGCUUCGGGUCUGUAGUUGCUCAGUUUAAGGCUUUGUGCUAGCGGAUAUGCUAUUCAAAAUGGUUCCGUGCCAUCUUUUGAGAUAAUUUCCAUAGUUAAACACCCAUGUUUCCUCUUUAUUUCCAACACUAGUUAGUUGUACCGCUACAGCACUGCAAGAGGUGAUGUCAAGAUAUGUCAGAAUCACGUUUUUUCUGCAGCCAUAGCAUGCAUUUCCCACACACUCUCAUGCUGACUGGACAUCUGAAUGUAAACGCAGAGACCGCUUGAAUAUACACCGGAACAUCCGUGAUUUGCUGAUGCAUAGGGUGUUGGUUGUGUGUUGCACGGUGAGUUAUGAGAUUGUAAAAGCGCUUUCAUGGACUCACUGGUGACGCGGUCAUGAGUUCGCUUAUCUGACGUUGAGCCGGUGACCCACAGGGAAAGAAGGCAACAGGCUUGACUGGAUGCUACGAGUAUUACAACUACCAGUUCCCAACAGAGCUGUAGCAUGUUACUCAUCUAUUGUUAUUCCGAGUACAGAUUCGAGUGUUCUAGACACAAGCCUUUGAAUAGAGAACCAACCGUGUGUCAUCUGAGGGUUUCCUAAAUUUCCUGGAGCCAAGCAUUCCUGGUGCAUGGAUAAGUGACAGAGAGGAUACUGACAAGGACAAAGCCUUGAACUCACAUGCCGUCAUGGACACCAAGGCAGUGUUUGCAGCCCUGUACAGCGUAUGUGAGGAGAAUGCCUCCUUUUUUUCGGGAGGAGCCAAGGGCUCCCAGGGUGAUGCUGCACGGAGACUGGUGGAAGUCAUGAACCUGAUCCAGGAGCACGCCCGCAGCCUGGAGCCUGUCGUCACCGGCUUCUCGGCAGUCUACCAUCAUUUUGACUUUGAUCCACACAUACCAGCCAACGGCUACCGCUCACUGGUCAAGGUAGUGAGAUGCUGCCUUCUGCACAUCAUCCACAAGGGGCGCUACAUCAGUGUCAACAGGCGCAGUAUCUUCUUUCGUGUGGCACACAAUGCUGGAGAAAUGGAGGCCUACUGCAAUGCCCUCUGCCAGCUGCGUGCCCUGCUCUACUUAGCCCAGCGCAUGCUCCACGACAACAGCCAUGGCAACCUUUUCUUUCAUGACGAAAGUGGACUUAGUGAGAGCUUUGUCCGAGAGUACGCAUCCAUGCACAAAGGCUGCUUCUAUGGCCGCUGUCUAGGCUUUCAGUUCACUCCAGCCAUUCGCCCGUGUCUACAGACCAUUGCUAUUGGCCUUGUGGCAUUUGGUGAAAACUACAAGCGGCACCAGUCCGGAAUAGGUGUAGCUGCCAGUUCAUUUUUUACCUCAGGGAAGUAUGCUAUUGACCCAGAGUUGAGAGGGGCAGAAUUUGAGCGCAUAACCCAGAACUUGGAUGUCCAUUUUUGGAAGGCCUUCUGGAACAUUACUGAGACAGAGGUCUUAUCUAGUCUGGCCAGUAUGACAUCCACAACUGUUAAGGUGAACCGUGCCCUUUCCGUGCCCCCUAUACCCUUUGACCUCCCACUGGUAGCCAAUCACGGAGCCUCUGUAACCAUCGCUCCACCGUCUGCACAUAUUGGCUCUGCCCCAGUUCAGAUGAGACUCAUUUCAUAUGACCUGCGUGAAGGACAGGAUAGUGAGAUGUUGCUGUCUUUGUCCCGCUCUGAUGGGGGCGCUCUCUCUCUGUCACUGGGGCUGAAGACCAAGAGACUGCCCUCAUCUCCCUGCCUGUUGAUCCAUUUUCAUGGGGGAGGAUUUGUUGCUCAGACUUCCAAGUCUCAUGAGCCUUACCUGAAGGGCUGGUCCCAGGACCUGGGUGUGCCCAUCCUCUCAGUGGACUACUCUCUGGCUCCUGAGGCGCCUUUUCCCCGGGCCUUGGAGGAGUGUUUCUACGCAUACUGUUGGGCUUUACGGAACCACCAUUUACUGGGGUGGACUGGGGAGAAAGUGUGCCUGGUUGGAGACAGUGCUGGAGGAAACUUGUGUGUGACAGUAUCGAUGCGAGCGGCUGCCUUUGGCGUGCGGAUGCCAGAUGGCAUUGUGGCAGCCUACCCUGCCACCCUGCUGACUGCCUACGCCUCACCCUCCCGCCUGCUCACACUUAUGGAUCCCCUGCUGCCACUCAGUGUACUCUCCAGGUGUCUCAGCGCCUACGCAGGUAAUGAGCCACAGGCAGAGAAGCAGGUGGAGAAGGCCAGCACUCUGAGCUUGGUGAGGAGAGACACUGCACUGCUGCUCAAAGACUUCCGACAGGGAGCGUCCAACUGGAUCCACUCUCUGCUGGAUUCAAACAAAGGCUCCUCCGAGCCCAUUGCAGCUGCAGAGCCAGCAGCCUCAGACUCUGUGAGGAAGAGCAUAUCUGAGGCAGCCAUCUCUUCUCCUCACGCUGACCCUCCUGUGCCCUCGGAGACCUCGGCGUUCUCAACCAGGAAAUUAUCUGUGAAGAGCCAGACAUGCCAGGACCUGGGAUCACACAACAACUGCAUUUCCCAGAGUACACCAUUACUGAGUGUUAUAGAGGAUCCUAUUGUUGAUGUAAAUUUUUACCUUUCAAAAGAGGAUGAUCCCUCAAUGGCCGUUGACCUGUCCUCUGUGGCUAUACCACCACCUGCUGGUGAGGAAGGCUUUGAGUCUGAGCACCCAAGGGAGUUUCCUCUGGGCUUUGAGCCUCUGCGUUCAGAGCAGCUGGCUGAGAUGAGGCUGCACAGCUCUCCUGUGGUCAAGGAUCCCUUCUGCUCCCCUCUGCUGGCCCCCGAUAACAUGCUCAAAGGACUGCCUCCUGUACACUUAGUCGCCUGUGCUCUGGACCCCAUGCUGGAUGACUCUGUGAUGUUCGCCAAACGCCUGAGGAACAUUCAGCAUCCCGUCACUCUGUGUGUUGUGGACGAUCUCCCGCACGGUUUCCUCAGCCUCUCUCAGCUCUCCAGAGAGACUCGUGAGGCUGCCAACGUCUGCGCCGAGAGAAUCCGUGCAGUCUUCACCCAGAACACGCCACCAGAGCCACGGAAGCACCGCAAGCUGGAACGGACAGAUAGGGGUGUGGCCAAUCCACAGCCUGAUGCACUGUUUGUAAACCCUAUUAAUGAAAUGGAGGAGGCCAUGGGGAGAGGAGGGAAGAUUGCUGAUGGAGAGGACUUGGUUGCUGUGGUAGCCCAGAACAACACUGAAGCUGGAGGGGUUGGAGCAUAGCUUGGAUAAAGUAGGGGCCCAAGGUUUACUAAGAGAAUAAAUGGAAAGUCAUAUGAAAGUCAUGCAAAAAACAAUAAUGUUUAAAAAAAAAAAAGAGUGAGUAACCAAGUUGAAUUGGAUAGUGCUGGACAAAAUGCAUCUGUUGUAGUAGCAGAACAAAUGAAUAUACCAAAAAGACUGUCACAUUUUAGAUAAUCAUUAAUACGAUUGCUGCUAUGUAGAUCAACAUUGCUGCACUGUUGGACCAGACUGGCUGUGAACACUGUGGAGCUGGAAGUUUAAGAUACUGUAAGCCUUGUACACAAAUGUGGAGACGCGUUCUGAAUAGGGUGAUUUCUUCCUGUUCUCAGCUGUCGUUGGUGGUUUUAAUGACAGUGGCAGGCACACUAUAUGCUUCUGUACAGAGGCAUCCGCAUCAAAAUGGCCACUUGUCCGUUAGGAGCCACUCUAAAUCACACUCAAUAACCUCACAUUGUGGUUUCCAUUCGGCCACUUUGGCAGGCAAUAUGGCUCACUUUGUGUUGAGUUGCUCUGCUUCUGGUCCCAAAUGGAAUUACACAUUUGAAACUGAACAGACCCAAUUGUUCAGAGCCAGAGCUAUUCAUUUACUAAGUAUGUGCUGCAGUUUAUAAUUUACCAUAUUUUAUUCUAUGCUGUAGCGUUUAUUUGUUUUAACAUAUUUUAUUACUGUAUGUUGCAAAGUCAUUGUAGUUUACUUUGACUUGUACAUUACUUUAUAUUUUAUGUAAUCAUAUGCUGAUUUUACACUUAA